AAGUAUCUAGUGUAAUACAUUGCACAUUUUAGGUCAUUUACGUAACUACUUUAAAACUUGAUUCACAAUCAUUUUGAGUUUAUUGUAAUCUUUCGUUGCAGGUGUAAUCGUAGUUGUUCAAAAUGCAUAUGAUUUCCAACUAGUAAAGGACUACCAGGAAAAUGCACUUACACAAAUUUUAGUAUUUUAUUAUAAAUUUAGUGUAUAAUUUAUAUAGCACAAUAAUUAUAACACCAUUCACUUAUUUUACACAUUUGAGGACAAUUAACUGCAGUUAUGCAGACGAUAACAGACUGUGACAUGGAGGAAGACGAUAGAAUCACAAUGUUGGAACCGAGAUUCAGUUCAAUUUCUCUCCAGGCUUUACGCCCAAGUGCCCGUCGCCAAAUAGCAAUGCACAUGGAUAAACAGUUGACUACUAUUAAUGUAGAUAAUGGAAUGCUCUGUGAUUGGAGAGGACUAGCCGAAAUAGUGGGAUUCAGCAAUCUUGAAAUAUCAAAAAUGGAAAGAUCAGGGAAACCGACUGAAGAACUUCUGUAUGAAUGGGAAACAAAUUCAAAUUGUGAUUCUACUUUGGGACAUUUGUGGUCUUGUUUACAACAAUUAGAUAGGAAAGACGUUUUAUCUGACAGCAAAUCGUUCGUAGAACGAGAUGCACAAACUUUUAUCGACCAACAAGAAAGACUGAAAAACGAUUAUUGUCCAUUACAAGAACCAACCAUAUCUUCAACAACCGUUCCAGCUAAUAGAGACCAUCUAUGUGAUGAAACCAGAUACCUGACAAUCCAUGAUUCUGAAAAUCCAGAUAAUCCUAUAAUAUAUGAUGCAUUUGUUUGCUACAACCCUGAUGCAGAGGGCAAGGACGGUUACUUUGUGCAACAAUGUAUCAAACAACUUGAACAUAAACAUGGUUUGAAACUUUGUAUUCCUAUCAGAGAUUGUCUUGCUGGAGGGGCAAAAUACAUGAUGGAUGCUGAAUUGAUCAAAGCAAGAUGUAGACGAAUGGUCAUAGUAAUAAGCCAUGAAUUUCUUCUCAGCCAAGAUUGUGAUUUCCAAGUUAAAUUUGCACAAUCAUUAGCGCCAGGUGCACGAAAGAAAAGAUUGAUUCCUGUUUUAUUGGAAGAAAGACUUAAAAUACCAGACAUUUUAAGACAUGUUACUAUUUGUGACUAUACUAAACCUGAUUUAAUGGAAUGGUUUUGGGAUCGCCUAGCCUCUUCAAUCAGGGCUCCUUUAGAUUCUGAACAGGAAUUGAGUUUUGUUCCUAGAAAAAGUUAUGAACGUAAAGAGUUAUCAUAUUCUUCAUCAAUGGAGAAAUUAAAUAUAUCAUCGGGAUCAGGAAAGAAUAAUUCAAAAAUGCCACUAAGUAUAAGUUCACCGGAGUUGAAAAAGAGUACCCAUGAACGGAUCGAGAAAAAAACAAGUUCUUGGACUUUCCUUUCGUCAAAAAGAUCAUCAAGCGAUUCGUCGAGCUCAAGUAGAUUUUCUAUGAUAUCAGCUGAGUCCCUUCCCGAAGAAAUGUCUGUGUGCAAGUUGAAUGACAAUCAAAACAGUAUAGGCAAUGAUGGGUCAUCACCAAAACGAAAAUUCGAAAUAUCAUCAUCAUAUGAAUCAUUUGAUAAAAUUUUACCAAAUUCUCAAAAUAUACAACAGCGACCGGAGCACAAGUCAAAAGCGAUGAAAUUACUUUGUCGUAUACAAAACGCACUCAGUAAAAGCAAAUGAGACAAAAAUGUAUGUCACACGUAUACUUGCCUAGAUAUAUGAAAAUGAAUUUGUAUAAAUGAGUGAAUAUUUCAGUAAGCAUGGUUUAAGUUGGUUUAUUAAUGAUUGUGUGUGUAACAUGUAUGAAAGGCGUGUUUUUUCUGUGUACAUUAAUGAUUGUAAGUGUGGUUAAGAAAGCGUGCAUGAUUUCAGUAUGUACAUUCAUAUUGAUUGUCGGUUAGAAGUUUGUUCUUACUGUGUACGUUAGUUAUUGGGUAUGUGGUUAAGAAAUCAUGAUUUUAGUUUAAACAUUAAUAAUUGUGGGUAUGGUUAAGAAGCCAUGAUUGAAGUUUUUACGUUAUUGACUGUAUGUUGUUGCGACGUUUGGUCUAAUUGUGAACAUUAAUGAUUGCGCGUGUGUGGUUUGGACAUCAUGGAAUUAGUGUGUACGUUAAUGAUUGUGUGUGUGAUUAAGAAACCAUGAUUAUGGUUUGAACUUAAAUGAUUGUGUAUCUGAAUAACACAAUAUGGUUAUUUAUAGCAAUGGAUUAUCUGUAUUGUUUAUAUCUGCAGAUCUAGAAUUUGUUUUUAUAAAACAGGUUCGAAAUAAAAAAUGUACGAAUAUA